AUGUUGUCCUCACGGUCGCCGAGAAUCGUCUGGCUCCACUGGUACACGCUGUACGCCGCGGCCUGCUUCUUCUUCUACGUCUGGUUCGAGAUCGACGUGGUGACGCGAAACGCGAUCGAACUCAGCGACACGCACAGAUUCUUCACCAAAUCUCUGCUCGUCCUACUGCACGUAGUGGUCAUCGUCAAGGCGUGCAGCAACUUUCUCACCAUGCUGCUGGGCUGCCGCAAGAUUCUCGACUUCUUUGCCAUGGCGGGCAGCUUCGAGAGGGAUGUGGACAUACCUUCUUGCAAGUGCUGCGCCCAGAAGCACUUCUUUUGGCACGACGUCGCUGGUUUCCUGACCCUAGUCGUCUACUUCGUCAGUUACACCGUGGCGCUGUUUCACCAGGAGCAGAAGGUGGACGCCGACGGCGAAAAGUGGACGAUCCGCGAGAUCGUGGACAGGGUUUGUAGUCUAUUCGCGGCCAUCCUGUUCUUCACCUACGACAGCGUCAACUUCAUCGCCCUGAGACACUCGGCCGAGGUGCUGGUCGGCUAUGUGACGCACCUUAGGGAACGCAUGGAGGACUACGUGGGCGACAGGGCGUUGCCCUGCGAGGUGGAGGCGGCCAAGGAGGUGCAGGCGAUGCGACUGCACCUUUGCACUGUGCUGGAACUGAAGAACUGCGUCAACGGCAUCUGGCAGAGGUCGGUGGUCGUGUCCAGCGUGGGCCUCUUGCUGGUGACGUGCAUCUCGCUUUACACCAUAAUCACCGAGGGGCUGCAGAGGACUGAGCUGUGGAUCGCCAUCGGCUACUCGGCUUUCAAUUCGUACGAGUUCCUCAUGCUGGCCCAAGUGAGCCAGUCCUUGUCUAAUGCUUUCCAAGAAAUCAAGAAUUCGUGCCGAAGAACUCUGACUAUGGAGCGUACAAUCAGCUACAGCCAGCAGGUGCAGUAUUUACACAACAGCAUUAACCCAGAAGACAUCAGCCUGAAUGGGAGUGACUUCUUCAAGAUCAACCUGGCUCUGCUUGUUUCUAUGGCCGGCUCAAUCAUAACAUACACGGUGAUUCUGGUGCAGACAAGUCCAGAUCUUGAGGCUACAACCACUUGCGGACCUGACUCCACAACUGUGACUACCGCACUUUCUACCUGAACAAUAAGACGAAUAAAAAGAAUAAAAUCAACAUCAAUAUGCUUUGAGCGUCUACUGCGGAGGUGUUCCAAUUUUGGCCACACCUAAGAAGAAAGCUUUGAUCCAAACUAAUGGAACAAAUCUGGAACGUUCUAGAAGACAUCUCUGCGACAUGACGCCACUCCACGUCGACAUGAACAAAACUAAGAA